UUUGAGUGUUCAUGGUUCCAUAUAGAACUGUUGUGUUUACUAAACAACCCUUAAAGAACCGUCUUUUUUGAGUGUGUACUAUUCUGCCCUACGCACCUACUAAACAAUGGUGAGGAGAGUUUUUUCUCAGGUGCGGUGAGUUUGCUCUGGAUUACUGUUUACCUUCAUUUAAACUCGACUGAUAAGGCGACCGGGUCAGCGAUAGGUGGCAUAUCUCAGAGUUGCUUUACACCUGCAGUUUAUGCCCCAGUGCGUUCAAUACAGUAUUCUGUAGAAGGCAGAGAUGUCACAAGCUCUGUCCCACCUGAAGAGCCAGAGGCGCCACCAAACUGAAAGGUGGGAGGAGCUUAUACCGCUGCACCUGCCAGGUCUCUAAAGUAGCUGAUGAAGUGCAGCCAAUCAGAGUCCUCUGAGGGAGGACAAUACUGGACCUCUGCACCACAUCAAUAGAAAAGGCCGCGGCGCUGAGAGAGCUUCACGAGUGGCCAAGUGGUGGAGAUUAAAGCGUGCUGUUCUGAACUGAGUUCAUUCACAACCAACGCUGAAGGUGCAGCCAUGGAAGAUCCACAGAAACGCCUGGUUUCGCUCUGUGUUGGCUGUGGUCAUCAGAUUCUUGAUCGUUUUAUCUUGCGUGUGUUCCCGGAUCUGGAGUGGCACGCUGCAUGUCUGAAGUGUUCAGAAUGUGAGCAGCACCUGGACGAGUCGCGCACAUGCUUCAUCAAAGAUGGGAAAACACUGUGCAAGAAAGAUUACAGCAGGUUAUACGCCUCCAAGUGCCCAAAAUGUCUCCGGUCCUUCAGCAGUCAUGAUUAUGUGAUGCGUACACAUGGUGGAAUUUAUCAUGUGCAGUGUUUUCGGUGUAUGGGCUGUGAUCGUCAGCUGGUACCUGGAGACAGAUUCACCCUGCGGGACGGAAACCCACAGUGCGCUGCCCACCCACAGCACUGCGGCGGAGUAAGGCCAGGCAAUGUCCAGUCUGACCCUCACUGGUCAGGGGCUCAGAGGUCAGACAGAGUGACCCGUGUAAGGACCGUGCUGAGUGAAGCUCAACUGCAUACACUGCGGAGCUGCUACAGUGCAAACCCGCGGCCAGACGCUUUGCUGAAGGAGCAGCUAGUGGAGAUGACUGGUCUGAGUCCACGGGUCAUCAGAGUCUGGUUUCAGAACAAACGCUGUAAAGAUAAAAAGAAAAGUGCAGGGGCCAGACAGAUACAGCACCGGCCACAUCAGCAGGCUGUGGAGGAGCCAUAUUUUGCUGCCAGUCCGGAUAGUCUGGACAGGGACAUCCUGAUGACUCCACUGGAUUUCCAGAGUUUCCAGCCAUCUUGGAAACUGCUAACCAACUUCCCCUUACAUUCCGACAGUGAUCAUGACCAUGUACCAGAUCAACAGCCAGAUUAUGUAUCAGAGAGGAUGACGCGCUGCUCUUCUGCUGGAAGUGAAAUCAUGCCGAUAUCCAUCGAUCUACAAAACACACCCAGCAGCUUCACCAGCAGCCCAGCAGAGGCUAACAAAUAAGCUAAUCAUGUAAUAAUAAUGAGGCAUAAUGUUUUUGGAGUCAAUACAAAUCUGCCAAGACCACUGAUUGAGUUAAUGUGUUGUCACAGUGUUAUGUUCACGUUUCUAUUUGUGCAAACAUUAUACAUUUUUAGAUUAUAAAAUUGUCUUUUUUUAUUUGUAAGUUUUUGUAUUUAUAUGUGUGUUAGUGUCAUUUUAUUUAUUAUUUUCCCAAAAGCUUUAGUUCCUCAGUUAAACCAGGCUUUUCAUGUCUGUCUGUUAUUUGUCAUUUGUAUAUAUUGAGCUAGUUUGAAAUAGCUAUUUAUUGUGUGAGAAUGUAUUUAUUUCAUAUUUCUGUCAUACCAGGUACUAAACUAUUUAAUAAAUUAUUGCUACAAAGAAAUAGCUGUUUACUGUUUAGGGCUCUGAUUAAA